AAGUGAAAGCCGAAAUAAAACAAGCUGAAUCAGCUGAGGAUAUAAUUGAUGUUAUUGGCGAACAUUAUGACUAUCUCCACUACACUCUGUUGAAGUAUGUCGUUGAUCUCUAUGGAAGUCAGGACUUGAAAAGUAAAAUGGCAAACUAUGCCGAGAAGACGAACGGGUUUCGGAAGGAAACAAGGCUUGAGAUAUUUUCAGAGGUUUGCGCUGAUGAGCCAGAAGAUAUCAACGGAAGGUUCACCACGAUGGUUAGCAAGCACCAAAUGGACUGGAGGACAGCUACACUGGAAGAUGUGGAGAAGUUUCGCAUUAAAGUCUGCCGGGAGCUGUCCUUGUAUGACUUCUCCCUCAACCUCGUGAAAGUGGCUCGAGGGUGUGUGGAGGUGACAUGGCGGGUUCCUCGUUCUCUGGUGGCCUACAUCCAGAACUCUGUCAAGCCCAGCAGUCAGAGCAUGAUGGAGCAUCACGUCGCCACUCUCACCAUUGAGGGUUUCAUUGUCUACGACUCCUCUUUCGCCAUGCAGAAUGAGCACAAAGUGAUUCGCCUUCAAUUUCAAGCUAUAGAUGCCAACAUCAGCUACCUGUUGGAGGAGAUGUCACCAGAAGCAAUAGUGCCACACAUGCUACAGCGAAGGCUCCUUACUCGAGAUGAUGCAGCAAAAGUAUUUGAAGAGAAGAGUCAAUUGAGAAAAGUGUUGGCUGUUAUUGACAAAAUGCGAAAAAGAGCUGUUGGGGGUCUUUUGACAUUCUGUGCAGCGCUGAUUGGUGCAGAGCAGCCACAUGUUGCACAGAAGAUUCUCAGCAAGUUCCAGAGUCUCCUGAAGGGCGAGGCAGUCUCCCACCAACAAGAGGAAGAUGAAGUCAUGAUCUCUGGAGAGUCAAGUACCCAGCCCUCUCCUCCUCCUCCAGAUAGCCGCCUCGUCACUGCUCAAUUGGAGGGUUCGACCCUCACAAGAGCACAGUACAACACCAUACACAGCCUCACCAGCUCCCUACUCUGUAUCCCCACUGGUGAUCUGGUGUAUGAUGGCCACACCCCCAAUCCUCUCACUCUUCACUGGCACAUCGAAAGUGUUGGUCCUGUGUUUACGUCUUCCUUUGCUUGUGCUGAAAUGGCUCUUAUGGGUAUUCAAAAGAUCAAAGCAGCUACAAAGUUUGAGAUUAGAAUUCCUCGUCUAAGUGAAGUCAGUCUUUUUAAUGCUGCUUAUGAUGGAGACGUUGAGGGUCUAAAUGAUGCUCUCAGAAUAGGAGUUCCAGUGGAUUUUAUGUACCCAGGAGGGUGGACUUCGUUAGUAUGGGCGUCUGAUAAUGGACAUGUGGAGGUGGUGGAGAGGUUAUUACAACAUGGAGCCACAGUAGACAUGCAAGAUAAGAAUGGGUGGAGUUCACUGAUGGUGCAUCUCAGGAUGGACAUGUGGAGGUGGUGGACAAGUUAUUACAACAUGGAGCCACAGUAGAUUUGCUAAUGGAGAGGGGUUGGAGCUCACUGAUGGUAGCAUCUGACACUGGGAAUGUGGAGGUGGUGGACAAGUUAUUACAACAUGGAGCCACAGUAGAUCUCCAACAUCAAGAUGGAUGGAGUUCACUGGUAAUUGCUUCCCUGAAUGGACAUGCGGAGGUGGUGGACAAAUUAUUACAACAUGGAGCCACAGUAGACCUGCUAAAAGAGGAUGGAUGGAGUUCACUGAUGACGGCAUCUCAGGAGGGACAUGUGGAGGUGGUGGACAAGUUAUUACAGCAUGGAGCCACAGUAGACCUGCAGAGUGAGGAUGGGUGGAGUUCGCUGAUUUUGGCAUCUUACAAAGGACAUGUCAAAGUUGUGGAGAAAGUUGCUGGAGCAUGGAGCAAAACUAGAGAACAUUACCAAAUAUCAGGACUCGGCACUAAUAAUGGCCUGUUAUAACAACGACUUGACCACGGCUUCAGUCCUUCUCCGAGCUGGUGCCUACCCAAAUGGCUGCAACAAGUUUGGACAGACCCCACUACUGUUGGCUGUAAGAAAGAACAAUGUGCCAAUGGUCGAGGAAUUGAUAGGGGCAGGAGUUGAUGUUAACAAAAUGGAGAAGGAAGGAUUUUCUGCUUUGAUGAUGUGUUGUGAUGAUGGAAAUUCAGAGAUGGCAAAACUGCUACUUGAUUAUCAGGCUAAUCCUGACCUCCAGCAAUCAGAAACUGGAUACACAGCUCUGAUGUUUGCCUGCAAGGGAGGUCAUCUGGAUACAGUAAUUGGUCUCAUGGAACACGGAGCUGAUGCAAAGAUUAGGAAUGUGGAAGGCAUCACAGCAUCCGAUGUGGCAUCAGCCAAUGAAUUUUGGGAUUUGUGUGCCGUAAUUGAACUAAUGGAGCCACAAGCUACAGCUGAUAUCACAGAGCACCCUGACACUUCUCUGAUGAAAGAAACAGUGGACGAAGUGGUCAAAAGGUUCCAUGCUCAGAUGGAUCAUGUCCCGUUGUUAUCACUGUAUGACAGCGACAAAGAUGUGGCCCUCAAAGUCCCCAACAGCAUAUUUUAAACAUCAUCACACAUGAUUUGUGUAUUCUGUGCAUCGAUUCAUAUCCUCUUCCAAUGCAUGGCACCUGCUGACUCUUAUCCUACAUUUU